GCGACUUCCACGCGGUGCCCCACUGCUUACACCUGCCCCAGAGACUCCUGAGAAGAUGCCGAAAGUCAAGUCCGCGACGAGUGGUCGCCGGCGCGAGCGGCAGGAGCAGCGCCGGGAGCUGAAGCGAGCCGGAGGACUCAUGUUCAACACAGGGAUUGGGCAGCACAUUUUGAAAAAUCCUCUAGUUGUUAACAGCAUUAUUGAUAAGGCUGCUUUAAGACCUACUGAUGUGGUGCUGGAAGUUGGGCCUGGAACUGGCAACAUGACUGUGAAGCUGUUAGAAAAGGCCAAAAAGGUAGUUGCUUGUGAACUUGAUCCAAGGCUAGUAGCUGAACUUCACAAAAGAGUUCAGGGCACGCCUCUGGCCAGCAAACUCCAGGUCCUGGUGGGAGAUGUAUUAAAAUCAGAUUUGCCGUUCUUUGAUGCUUGUGUGGCAAACUUGCCUUAUCAGAUCUCCUCUCCUUUUGUCUUCAAGUUGUUACUCCACCGACCAUUUUUCAGAUGUGCUAUACUUAUGUUUCAAAGAGAAUUUGCUCUUCGUUUAGUUGCAAAACCUGGAGAUAAAUUAUAUUGUAGACUCUCCAUUAAUACACAGCUUUUAGCACGGGUGGACCAUCUAAUGAAGGUGGGGAAGAAUAACUUCAGACCGCCCCCCAAGGUGGAGUCCAGCGUUGUAAGGAUAGAACCCAAGAAUCCACCACCACCUAUCAAUUUUCAGGAAUGGGAUGGCUUAGUAAGGAUCACUUUUGUUCGGAAAAACAAGACACUGUCCGCUGCAUUCAAAUCAAGUGCAGUACAACAGCUGUUGGAAAGAAACUACAGAAUCCACUGUUCAGUACAUAAUACUGUAAUACCAGAAGAUUUCAGUAUAGCAGAUAAAAUACAGCAAAUCCUAACCAGCACAGGUUUUAGUGACAAACGGGCCCGUUCCAUGGACAUAGAUGACUUUAUCAGGUUGCUACAUGGGUUCAAUGCAGAAGGUAUUCAUUUCUCCUAGCCACUUGGAAACAACUUUUUCAAGACCAAGGAAAAAAAAAUGAAAUUAUGUUUCUAAUAUUUGAGAAUAUGUUUUUGUUCUACAGUACACUUUUCAGAAUUAUUAUUUAAUAAUACAUUUGUACCAUUUAUUAUC